AUGCGCGGAGGCCCAGAUCGCUCGAACGAGUGUCCGUACGCCGUCUUAGGCGUCGAACCAUCGGCGUCGAACAGUGAGAUCCGCCGCGCGUAUCGACGCUUAGCGAUCGCGUAUCAUCCGGAUAAGAACCCGCGCGGACGCGAGGAGUUUGAGCGCAUUUCUAGGGCGUACGAGGUGAUCGGGGACGAGGAUCGACGGCGCGCGCACGAUCGUGGACGACGAUUCGAUGUGGACGACGACGACGCGUCGCGGGAUCGUCACGGCGACGGCGGCGGUGGUUUCAGGUUCGAUUCGGAUCCCUUCUUCGCCCAUCACAGGUUCAGGGACCCCUUUGAGAUUUUCCGAGAGGUUUUCGGGGACGAUUUCGGGGACGGGCGUACGGGCGGGAUCGACCCGUUCCGCGAGGCGGGCGGCGUGUUUGGAAGACGACGGUCAAUGUUUGAGGAUCCAUUCGAGAACGAUUCGUUCUUCGGUGGUAGAAGCGCGAUGUCGUUCGGCGGGUCAUUCGGCGGGAUGAUGGGGCCCACAUCUUCGUCGCAGUGGUCGAGAUCAACGACGACGACGAUGACGCGUGGUGCGGACGGAGUGACAAAAACCGUGAGUCGAACCGUCAGGACAAUGCCGGACGGCUCCGUGGUUCAGUCGGAAAACAUUACUUACGGAGAUAAUAGCAGUAGACAUGGACCAUCGAUAGGGGGCCGCGAAGGAAACGCGAGACUUCUCGAGCGUGGCGAUAGAUGGAGGUGA